ACGACAAAACAAUGAACAUUCCACUUUCUUGCCGUAGGCACCAGCGCCGCACCACAAGUCCACAACCCAGCCGCCGCCAUGGCAUCCUCCCGGACCUCAGCAUCCUGCUCACCGGACAACCUCCUCGACGAACCCACCCGCGCCCAAGCUGCCCGCACCAGCGCCGACGGGAGCGGCGACGACGUCUCCGCCCUGCCCGAGCGGGUCACCUCGCGGCUGCGCGCCCGGAAAACUCUGAGAGACAUCUGCAAGAGGUACUCGAUCCCCGACGACUUCGCCCCGCUCCUCGCCGGCGACCUCUCCUCGUGCUCUCCCCCGCCGCCAGGAUCCGUCUGCGUGUACGUCGACGCGCUGGACGCCGGGUUGCGCCUCCCCCUCCACCCCUUCUUCGGCACGGUGCUCACCCACUUCGGCCUCGCCCCGGGCCAGCUCGCGCCCAACGGGUGGCGAGCCCUGGCCGGAUUCGUCGUCCUCUCCCACUUCGCCGGCGUGGCGCCGUCGCUGGCCGUGUUCCGGCACUUCUUCUCGCUCUGCCCGUUCCCGCCGCACCGGCUCUACACCAUCCGCGGCAAGGACGCCGCCGGGCUGCUCUUCGCCCGGAUCGGCGGGAACAAAUACAGGGCUUGGAAGGAGGACUUCUUCUUCCUGUCCUCAACGGCGCCGUGGCCGUGCCCGGUCGAGUGGGGGGAGCCUUACAGGUCCGCCACCUUCGAGCCCACGCUCACCGUCCCGGAGAAGGCCGUGGCGGAGCACCUGCUGCGCGCUCGAGGAAGCUCGCCGAUUGAUCUCACCACGUACCUCCUCGACUCCAACAUGGCUGCAGCCAAGAUCAUCAUCCUGCCACCACCAACCCCUCAAGGGAUGGGCAAGCCUUUCAAGGUCGCCACGGCCGCACUCGCACCGGCAGGGAAGGUGGUCUUGAAGAAGGAGCCUGACUUCAAGGUUUCGCCUUGCGCGCCAUCGCUUGGGAAGAAGAGGAAGCCGGCGGAGGAGGACCACGAGAGCUCGGCGUCGGACACCUCCUGCCCCUGGAAGCCGUCGACAAGCAAAGAUGACGGGAAACAGCGAGGCCGCGACGGCCACUGGAUUGCGGCGAGGAGGAUGCUGCAGGGCGUCGUCACACCGUUGAGGCAGCGCGAGCUGGCUGCGUGCAGGCCGGCCGACGUCGUCACCUCGAGCUACGUGUCACUGCUCCAGACGGCGAACGAGGUGGCGUUCUCGCUGGGCUACGCUCUGGAGCUGGAGGACAAGCUGAGGGCGCGCGAGCGGGAGGCCGACACGCUGCGGUCGGAGCUGCGCAGGGCGAAGGCCGAGCUCUCCCAGAGCAAGGCGCCGGCGCUGCGGGCGGAGCUGCACACGGCGAAGGUCGAGCUCGCCCAGACGAAGGCGGAUGUGCUGGUGGCGCGAGAGGAGGCGGACGCGCUGCGGUCGGAGCUGCGCAGGGCGAAGGCCGAGCUCGCCAACGCGGACGCGCUGCGAGCGGAGCUGCGCGGGGCGAAGGCUGAGCUCGCCCAGACGAUGGCGGACGCGGAGAGGGCCAAGGCGGCGGCGUCGCGCGCGCUGGUGGGGCGGGAGCUGAUGGGGUACGAGCGCGGCUUGGCGGACAUGAAGCGAGCCGCGCUACACCGCUACCCGCUGCUUGAUCCGGCGAACCUGGUCGUGCGGCUCCAUGGCCCCCGUUAGCUCCGGGAACGGCCUGAUCGCCAUGUCGCCCGAUGCCCUACCCACGUCGACGUCGAUCGGAAUCUCGGAUCCACCUGCAUGUUCUUGAGACGCGCUUCUAGGCUUUGUCUUCAGGCGUUCUUGGUGCGCCUGUCCAUGGAUCUUAGUAGAAUCUAUAUUUAUUGGGACUAUUAUUAGAUAGUAUCAAAUACUUUGAGAGGAAAGUAUUUCAUAUUUCCAGAGUUGUUUUACAUGCGUAUUUCAGGAGUUGUGAUCCAAACUGAGUAACCCAUAUGGCCAUUUCGUGUGACGCAAAUUUGUAGACAUUUUCACUAAUUAGCAAAUAGCGAAGCUUUCGAAAAA